AUGAUGCGCACCACCGUCGACAAUCUUCGCGACAUCAGCAACAAAUCCUCCAACACGCUGCGCCGGUGGAACAACCAAUCGACAAGCUCUAACAACAUGGACACUCCACUUGUUGACCGCACUAAUACCCAGAGAUCCGCACGAACUACAACUACCGCCGAGUCGUCAUUCCUCCCCGAGCUGUACAGCACUCCACCGAUGCCAUCAUUCCAAAAGCCGGGCAUGAACACUUCCGCCUCUGUCCGCCAGCAGCAGAACGACGAGAAUGCAACUCCCACGCGGGGCGGCGGAUACAUACCUCCAAAGCCUCGAGGAGCGCCACACCUUACGACAGAGCCGAGCAGCCUGAAUCUUCCGCGCCGCCGGAACGUGGUCAAGCCAAUCUCGACAGUCUCGCUCCAAGACCUCAUAGGUCCCGUUGGCCCAUUGCCAUCAAAUUGGGAACGCAAACAUGAUCAAGCCAUCUGCAUCCUGGAUGUGCGCAACUACAGUCUCCCAGCGAUCGCCGCCAAGAUGAAAACUACCUUUCCGGAGCUUCGGGGAGCGUUGACACCGGCGAUGAUUGACAAGCGCUUCCGCAUCUUAGAUCAAAUUCCUGAGCUCAACUACUGGAAGGUAGCUCAGGAACGUACGGACGCUGAGAAGAAAGACAAGAGGGACAAGAAGAGGAACGAUCGAAGUAAGGGCGUGGAGAGCCCACAAAGCAGCUCUACAAAUGUGGACGGUCCGUCGAAUGUGACCGAUGAGGCCUCUUCCGCGCCUCCUUUAUCCAAUGCCCAGGAAGGGCGGUCGCCAGUAACGCCAACUUCCGGAGUACGAGGAGCCCAGACCUAUGUGCCUCGGAGGGCUCAUCACUGA